AUGGUCACUGACUCACAACGAUACCGCUCUACCCGAGGUGGAGAGGAGGGCCUCAGCUUCAGCGAUGUUGUCCUGAAGGGCCUCGCCGCAGAUGGUGGUCUGUUCCUCCCGCACGCUGUGCCAAAGGCCGAUUGGCAAAGCUGGAAGGACCUUUCCUACACCGAGCUGGCCUUCGAGAUCUUCCGCCUUUACAUCCCCGAGUCCGAGAUCCCCUCCGCCGAUCUGAAGGAGAUCAUCAACCGCAGCUACUCCACCUUCCGCUCAGAGGACGUUGUGCCUUUGGUCCCCCUUGCCCUCGAUGGCAACAUCAACCUGCUUGAGAUCUUCCACGGUCCCUCUUACUCUUUCAAGGAUUGCGCUCUGCAAUUCCUAGGAAACCUUUUCGAGUACCUGCUCGCCCAGAAGAAUGUCGGCAAGGAAGGAAAGGAUAGAUACCACCUCACUGUCGUUGGUGCCACCAGUGGUGACACUGGAUCUGCUGCUAUCUACGGACUCCGCGGCAAGAAGGAUGUUUCUGUCACUAUCCUGCACCCCAAGGGUCGUGUCAGUGCCAUCCAGGAGGCACAGAUGACCACUUGCACCGAGCAGAACGUCCACAACUUGGCUGUUACCGGUACAUUCGACGAUUGCCAGGAUAUUGUUAAGAAGCUUUUCGGCGACGAUGCCACUAACAAGGAGGUUAAGCUGGGCGCAGUGAACUCCAUCAAUUGGUCUAGAAUUUUGGCCCAGACUGUUUUCCACUUCUGGUCUUACUUCUCGCUCGCCAGACAGUCCGAUUCCUUCACUGUUGGCCAGCCCAUUCGCUCCGUCACCCCUACCGGCAACUUUGGAAACAUUUUGUCUGCUUACUUCGCCACAAAGAUGGGACUUCCCGUGGAAAAGCUUAUUGUUGCAACUAAUGAAAAUGACAUUCUCCACCGCUUCUGGACCACAGGUCGCUACGAGAAGCACCCCGCCGAGGAGAAGAACGACAGCAACGCCAAGGCCGAUGUCUGCAAGGAGACCCCCAGCCCCGCCAUGGAUAUUCUGGUUUCCAGCAACUUCGAGCGACUCCUUUGGUUCCUGGCUAAGGAGGACGCAGAGGCCUCCGGAAAGGAUGCCGAUGCGGCCGCCAAGAAGGCCAGCGAAGAUGUCGUGGCCUGGUACAACUCACUCAAGGCCACCGGCGGCUUCGGACCCGUUUCCGACGCCAUCCUCGAGAACGGCCGCCGCACUUUCGAGAGUGACCGCGUGAGCAACGCGCAGACUCUCGAGACCAUCAAGUCCGUCUACGAGAAGACCAAAUACGUCCUCGACCCCCACACUGCCGUUGGUAUCACCGUUUCCCAGCGCUCUGUCGCUCGCCCUGCCAACGCUGCUAUCCCCCACAUCUCUCUUUCCACUGCUCACCCCGCCAAGUUCGCGGAUGUCGUCAAGGAGGCGCUCAAGGGUGAGCCUGGCUUCGAUUUCGAGAGUCAGGUUCUGCCUGAUGAGCUCAAGGCUCUUUCUACCAAGGAGACCCGCGUUGUCGAUGUUGAGAACUCUUGGGAAGCCGUUCGGGAAAUUGUCAAGAGACAGACCCUCGAGGACCUCGAGGCCCAGGCCCAUGCCAGCUCUUGA